AUGGCGAAAAUAGGAGAUUCAUGGGGAAACUUUGGCUCCUCCAUUGCAGCCCUACUGUUCUUUUACACCAUGUACAGAAACUAUUUCCCCAACGAACUCCGUCAACCAAUUGCCAGAUACAUCAGGAAAAUCACCAGGUAUUUCAACCCAUAUAUUCGGAUUACCUUCUCUGAAUAUGAAGGAGACAGCUUUCAGCGCAACAAAGGGUACAAGGCCAUUGAAAGAUACCUUGACCAGAGCUCUUCCCAGCAAGCCAGGCGGCUUAAGGCCAACUUUGUCCCAAAUCCAAAAGCCUUUGUCCUGAGUAUGCAGGACCAUGAAGAAGUCACUGAUGAUUUCCAAGGGAUCAAGGUUUGGUGGGCUUCCAGCCGGACUGUUUCGAAUCGGCAGUCCAUUUCUCUCUAUCCCAGAGAAGAUGAGAAGAAGCAUUUCAUUCUCACUUUUCAUAAAAGGCAUAGGGAAGUCAUAACCGAGACAUAUUUGAGACAGGUUUUGGAUGUUGGGGAGGAGAUUAUGGUUAAGGAGAGGCGACGGAAACUGUAUACUAACAACAAGAGUGAAAGGGUUGGGCCUGGCAAGAGCAUGUGGAGCUAUAUCACAUUUCAACAUCCAGCAACAUUUGAUACUCUGGCGAUGGAGCCUAACAAGAAGCAAGAGAUUGUUGAUGAUUUGAUCAAUUUCAGUAAGGCCAAAGAUUAUUAUGCUGAAAUCGGUAAGGCCUGGAAGAGGGGUUAUCUCCUUUAUGGUCCUCCAGGAACAGGUAAGUCAACCAUGAUCGCUGCCAUGGCUAAUCUUUUGAACUACGAUGUGUAUGAUCUGGAGUUGACUUCAGUGAAGGAUAAUACGGAGUUGAGGAAAUUGCUGAAUGAUACAUCAGGAAAAUCCAUCAUUGUUAUUGAAGAUAUUGAUUGCUCUCUUGACUUAACUGGCCAAAGGGAGAAGAAGCAAAAGGAUGGGGAGAAAAAGGACUCAACAGAAGACAAGGUGAAGAAGAAGUUGGAGGACAACAACAAGGGAAGUCAAGUUACUCUUUCUGGACUUUUGAACUUCAUUGAUGGGCUAUGGUCGGCUUGUGGAGGGGAAAGGAUUAUUGUUUUCACGACAAAUUAUGUUGAAAAGCUCGAUCCAGCCUUAAUUCGGCGAGGGAGAAUGGAUAAACAUAUAGAGCUGUCUUACUGUGGAUUUGAAGCGUUCAAGGAGCUGGCGAAGAUUUAUUUGAAGAUUGAAUCACAUGAGUUGUUUGCUAGAGUUGGGACUAUGCUGGAGGAAACCAAGAUGACCCCUGCUGAUGUUGCUGAGAAUUUGAUGCCUAGAGUGUUUGGAGAGGGAGCUGAGUUUUGUCUGGAGAGAUUGAUUAAAGCUAUUGAACAAGCCAAGGAAGAUGCAAGGCUGAAGGCAGAGGAAGAAGCAAAGGCCAAAAAAACAGAGGAGGCAGAAGCAGAGGGAUUGAAAACAGCUAAGAAGGAGAAGCAAGAAAGUGGUGGUAAAAAUGAGGCAAAAUGUGCAGAUUAA